AUGAAAAGAGUCCCUUUCAAUUCAGACUUUAUAGCCAUAAUAUUAGCCUCAAUACAGUCCCGUUGCGAGGAUACAGAAACUCCUACUAUCGUCACACUUCAAGAAGUAUUGGUCAAUCAGCUUAAUGAUAUCAAAUAUGGAUUAAACGGGAACGUGUAUUCUCGCCCUUGGGCACAUUUUGGAACUGGACGUAAUGAUGGCGCUUUUGCAGGUGAGUUUUCUCCCAUUUUAUACAACACAGAAGUCUGGGAUUUGGUUAAUGGAACCCAAACGUGGAUUAGUUAUACCCCAGAUAAACCUACAUACUUUCCGAACACAGAACAUAAAAGAGUUAUCACCCUUUGCACUUUUACCCAUAAGAAGACUGGAGUUGGUAUUAAUGUAAUCAAUACUCAUUUUGACAACAAAUCCAGUGCUUCAAGAAACUAUGGAGCAGGAUUAAUUUUGAGAUAUGCAAUGGAAUUCGAAAAUAAUUACCCAACUGUAGUUGGUGGGGAUUUUAAUUCGGAAAUGAAAGACUCUGCUUAUCUUCUAGUUGCAGGAGCAUUAGACAGUGCUGCUGAGGUUGCUUCGAGGUCCUACAAUAAGCAAUUAUCUACCGCAUCUGGAUUUUCACCAAAGAAACGAGGAA